AUGGAAUCCCCCGAUGACAAUCCGGGAGUAGUAGUGGGCGAAGAUACAGCCAUAAUUGAAACUCCUACCCUUUUUGUUGCAGACGUAAGAUAUGUCAUCAGUCACAUCAAACCAGACAAGUAUCGCGGACUGGAUGAAAUCCCAGGACUUAUACUUAAAGAACUGUCGACCGAGCUAUCGGUGCCUCUUUCAUCUCUGUUCGGCUUUCCAUGA